AUGCACCGCUCUACUUUAGUCGCCACCAACAUCCUCCUCGCGGUGAGCGUGAGCGCCGCCGACGUCAACCCCGACGCCCAAGGCGCGUGCGAGCCGACCCGGGGCGGCAGCGGCGCGUGCGGGCCCAACGGCUCCGAGCAGUGGCUCAACACGGGGCUCAAGGGCUCGGGCUGGGAGCCGCCCUUUCUCGACAUCAACAAGCUGUCGCACAUGUCGCUCGAGGACUACUACAAGGGCGUGGGCAAGCCGUGCCAAAAGUACGACGAGUACUUCCGCGGCUCCGGGGCCAAGUACGACGUCGACCCGGCCAUCCUCGCCUUCCUCGCCAUGCAGGAGUCGUCGUGCAACGCCGACGCGGGGGGUCCCACGCCGGGCCUCAUGCAGUGCGACCCGGGCAACUGCCAGAACGGCAAGGGCAGCUGCCAGUACCCCGUCGGGGACAACACCGACUGCGGCGCCCACGUGCUGCGGCAGGCGCUCGACGGCGCGGGCGGCGACGCGGUGCACGCGCUGGGCUCCUACAACGGCUGGUUCACGGCGGGCGACGGCACGGGGCUCAACGGCGGGAAAGGCCUGACGGAGGGGUACCCUUGCUCGGACGAGGGAAAGGCCCACGGCGUGCCGCAGAACCUCAACUACCUCCACGAGACGCUCAACGGCUGGUUCCAGGGCUACGACAUGUACGGCGACGACCGGGACCUCGACGGCGAGUAUGAUUGCGACCAGGGGUGUAACGGGGGCGGGGAUUUGUGUUGA